UAGCGCCACAGCCGAUUGGCUGGCCCGCUACGUGCAAUCCGAUUGGCUGCGGGGUCGUUUCUCUCCUCACCCGAUUGGCUGAUGCGCUGCGUGACCCGGAAGUACCGGCGGCGCUGCCCGGCAUGGCGGCGCGGGCGGCGCUGGACGCGGCGGUGGCGGCGGCGUCGCGGGACGUGGUUCUGUACGAGCACGACCGCAGCCGCUUCUUCCGCCUCGUGGGGCUCUUCUGCGCGGGGCAGGGCCUCCUCUGGGCCUACCUGGCGCGCUUCGCCUUCACCGCGCUGCGCCCCGUGCCCGCUCCCGGUGCCGGCACCGAUGACCCGCUGCGGCCCCGCGACAACAAGUGGCGCUUUGGCUUCACGGCGUCCUGCCUCACCGUCGGGACACCGGGACACCGGGGGGACAUCACCGGGACACCGGGACAGCUCCGGGAGCCUUCUGCUUCUAGGGGACAGUGGGGACACCAUGGGGACACCGGGACACCGGGGGGACAUCACCGGGACAGCUCCGGGAGCCUUCCACUUGUGGGGACAGUCAGGGGACAGCGAGGGGACAUCACCGGGACACCGGGACAGCUCCGGGAACGGCGGCUCUUCGAUGUCACCGUGGGAGUAUUCAGCUUCUAGGGACACCGGGGACAUCACGGGGACAUGGAGGGGACAUGGCAGGGACACAGGAGCGGUGGCACCUGGUGUCACCUCCUGUCAGCCGCUGUCACCUGCAGUCACCUGAUGUCACCUGGCAUCACCUGCUGUCACCUGUGGUCGCCUCCUGACGCCCAGUGUCACCUGCGGUUACCCGGUGUCAUGCGCUGUCACCUGAUGUCACCCAGUGUCACCGGUGUCCCCUCCUGCCCCCACCGCAGCGCGGCCGUGGGGACAGUGCCGUUGUCACAAACUGUCCCAAAUUGUCCCAAACUGUCACAAUCUGUCCCAAUCUGUCCCAACCUGUCCCCUGUCACCCCCAGAAUAAAGCGUGGAGCCCCCCCCGGCUCUCUGAGGAAGGAUUUUGGGGAGGGGGUCUCCCAUGGAUUGUCA